UGUUUAUACUACACCACCAGUAAGUACUACUACUGGUUUAGCGCUAGUUUUAUGAGAUUAAUUGAAAAAUUAUGAUGUUUACAAAUAAAAUAUCAAUGUUUUCAUUCUGCUUUCCACGUCGAAGACAUCCAACACAAAUCUACAACAUAUUCAGAGCUGCCGAGAGAUGUUUGAAGGCUUAAUCCAUCCCACGCAAACAACUUCAGACUGCAAUUAAUCAGCAGGUACUUGACGAAUCAUCCCAGAAUGCCAUCUGACAGCCAAACAACCAGUUUGGAACUCUGAGGAUGGCUCCUCCAGAAACCUCCAGCCACAGAUGCCCGUUCUUCAGCUCAUGGCUGCCCAGGACGACUCAACACUCUCGGGCUUCCCUCAUGCGGACCUGCACUCUGUAAAGUGGAUCCGAAGCAGAACAGCAGCUCAAGCCGGUCUCCUUUAGGAAAGGGCACGCUCAUUCAGACCUCGUCUUUCAGCUUACAAGCACACAAAGAACAAGACCUUCAGAGCCGAAGCUUUCAGAUUGCUAGAGGAAGUGCAGACAAUCAUAUGUAAAGAUGGAGCAGGAGAUUUCAAAAGUGCAGCGCAAGAUGUCAGACCUGGAGUCAGUUCUGCAGCAGAAGGACGUGGAGCUCAAGGCUUCAGAAACCCAAAGAACCAUCUUAGAACAAGACUUGGCCACCUAUAUCACCGAAUGCAGUAGUUUGAAGCGCAGUUUGGAGCAGGCCCGCAUGGAGGUUACGCAGGAGGAUGAUAAAGCUCUGCAGCUCCUGCACGACAUACGGGAGCAGAGCAACAAACUGCAGGAAAUCAAAGAACAGGAGUACCACGCUCAGCUGGAGGAAAUGCGCGUUUCUAUUCGUCAGCUGGAGGAGAACCUGUCCGCCGCUCGCCGCCGCAGCGACCUGUACGAAUCCGAGCUGAAAGAGUCUCGCCAGACCAGCGAGGACCUCAAGAGGAAGGCUGUGGAAUACCAGCAGAAGAUUCAGAAGGCCAAAGAACAAGGCAAAACUGAGAUGGAAGAACUUCUGACCAAAUUGCAGAAGACCAAUGCAGAGCAACAAGUGAAGGUUGAAGAACUCCAGGAGAAGCUUGCCAAGGCCGUGAAGGCGAGUACAGAAGCCACUGAACUCCUGCAGAACGUCCGGCAGGCUAAAGAACGUCUGGAGCGAGAUCUGGAGCGUCUGCAGACCAAAGAGGACUCCACCGACAGCCUGCGCAGACGCCUGCGAGACACUGAGGAACUCGAAGAGAACUUGCGUGAAACACAGGCAACAGCACAGCGUAUGGAAACACACCUGGAACAGAAGAAAAAGCUUUAUGAAGACAAGAUCAAGGUUUUAGAGACUCAAAUGAAGGCUGAUUUGGCUGAAAAGGAACUGCUGGAGUCCAAGCAGAACACGUAUGAGGAGGAAUCUCGCGAGCGGGGAAAAAUGAUCAGCGACCAGACAGCGACGAUCAAUGCCAUGGAGUCAAAGAUGAGCAAUCUGGAGCAGAGGAUCACUGAGCUGUCCGAGGCCAACAAACUGGCAGCCAACAGCAGCAUUUACACGCAGAAAAACAUGAAAGCCCAAGAGGAGAUGAUCUCUGAACUCAGGCAGCAGAAGUUUUAUCUGGAAUCUCAGGCAGGAAAACUGGAGGCCCAGAAUGCAAAGCUGGAGGAACAUCUGGAGAAACUGACACAACAAGAGCAGACUAACAAGAGCAGAGUGCUGGAACUGGAGGCUAGACUGCGAGAGAUGGGUCUGGAGCACGAGGAGCAGAAGCUGGAGAUCAAGAGACAGGUGUCGGAGCUCACGCUGUCCCUGCAGGAGAGAGAAGCACAGAUCAGCAGCCUGCAGGCGGCCCGGCACUCACUGGAGAGCCAGCUACGACAGGCCAAGACCGAGCUGGAGGAGACGACCGCGGAGGCCGAGGAGGAGAUCACCGUCCUCCGGGCCCAUCGGGAUGAAAUCCAACGCAAGUUUGAUGCCCUGCGGGACAGCUGUGCGGUGAUCACGGAUCUGGAGGAGCAGCUGACACAGCUGACGCAGGAAAACUCCGAGCUGAACCGACAGAACUUCUACCUGUCCAAACAGCUGGACGAGGCCACGGACGAGAACGAGGACAGACUGCAGCUCAAGCAGGACGUGGAGCGCCUGCGCCGGGAGGUGGCCGACCGAGAGAUGCACCUCAACAACCAGAAACAGAACAUCGAGACGCUGAAGACCACAUGUACGAUGCUGGAGGAGCAGGUGCUGGAGCUGGAGACGCUGAACGAUGAGCUGCUGGAGAAGGAGAGACAGUGGGAGAACUGGAGAUCUGCCCUGGAAGAGGAGAAGAACCAGGCAGAGCGCCGAACCAGAGACAUACAAAGACAACUGGACAACGAGAAGCAGAACAGACUCCGUGCAGAGCAGCGCAAUUCUGAGUCUCGUCAGGCCGUUGAACUGGCGGUCAAAGAGCACAAAGCUGAAAUCCUGGUUCUGCAACAGGCCCUGAAAGACCAGAAACUCAAAGCUGAAGGUCUUUCUGAUACGCUGAGUGAUCUGGAGAAGAAACACGCCAUGCUGGAGAUGAACGCGCACAGCCUGCAGCAGAAGCUGGAGACGGAGCGAGAGCUCAAACAGAGGCUCAUGGACGAGCAAGCAAAACUGCAGCAGCAGCUGGACAUGCAGAAGAGCCACAUCUUCAGACUGACUCAAGGACUUCAGGACGCACUGGACCAGACGGAUCUUCUGAAGACCGAGCGGACAGACCUGGAGUACCAGCUGGAAAACAUACAGGCGGCGUACUCUCACGAGAAGGUCAAGAUGGAGGGGACCAUCACCCAGCAGACCAAGCUCAUAGACUUCCUGCAGGCCAAGGUAGAGCACCCCUCUAAGAAGAAAAAGGGGCUGUUUGGCGGCAGGCGUCGAGAGGAUCUGCUGGCGGCGCAGGGACAGACGCAGGUGCCCGCCGUGACCCCUGUCCCCCUGCAGUACAGCGACCUGAAGGCCGCGCUGGAGAAGGAACGCGCUCGCUGCUUGGAGCUGGAGGAAGCCCUGCAGAAAACACGCCUGGAGCUCAGAGAGGUUAAGUUUAAUAAAGCUCUGGAGCACAGCGGUACUCCAGCCACCCCGGGUUUGGCUCGUCAGCAGCUCAUGAUGUCCACCAAAUCCAACAAAUCCCCCGAGCACCAGCCCAGCAGCGGCCUGGUGUCGUCCAGCUCCGGCCGCAGGAAGGACGCUGCCAAUCCUGAAGAGUACACCAGACGUGUGAAGGACAGGAUUCAUCACAACACUGCUCACCGCUUCACACAGGGACUCAACAUGAGGGCGGCCCGCUGCACCGUCUGUCUGGACACCGUCCAUUUUGGACGGCAAGCCGCGACAUGCAUCGAAUGUCACGCUUUGUGCCACCCAAAAUGCUCCCCGUACCUUCCAGCCACCUGUGGCGUGCCUACAGAGUACGCGCUGCACCUGUCCGAGGCUCUGUGUCGGGAAAAGGGAAGCACCUCUGGUCUGAAAGACGUUGGUGGACAUAUGAGGCUGGAAGGAUGGCUGAAGCAGCCCAGAAAUGGGAAGCGUGGUCAGGGCUGGGAGAGGAAGUACGUGGUGCUGGAUGGAUGUAAAGUGAUCACCUACGAGACAGAACCAAGAGACGGUCUGUUGGAGUCGUCUCCGCAGUCGACAUGCUGGCCCGGUCAGACUCUGUACCUCAUGACCUCAGGGUUUUCUGAGAAGCAGCGCUGGGUGGCCGUGCUGGAAGCCAUUGUGGCCAGCAGUCGUGGGGCGAGAGAGAAAGCCGAAGCAGACGCUAAAUUGUUGGGUAACUCCUUACUCAAGCUAGAAGGAGAUGAUCGCCUGGAUAUCAACUGCACCCUCCCGCUGACUGACCAGAUUGUGUUGGUGGGCUCUGAGGAAGGGCUCUAUGCCCUGAAUGUGAUUAAGAACUCCCUCACUCACAUCCCGGGUAUGGGAUCCGUGUUUCAGAUCCAUAUCAUCAAGGAGCACGACAAGCUGCUGAUGAUCCCAUUCAGAUUUUUGUAUUACGUGCUGUUGCCUUCUGGUCUAACUCCAGAGAUCGCUCACACAAACACACCCCUACUGAUCUGUCUCUUUAUCUCUCAGGAGAUUGAAACGCUCGAGCCGUGCAGCUGCAUCCACUUCACCAGCUACAGCAUCAUCAUUGGUACCAAUAAAUUCUACGAGAUUGAGAUGAAGCAGUGUGUUCUGGAUGAGUUCCUGGACAAGAAUGACGUGUCGCUGGCAUCGGCUGUGUUCACUGGAUCCUCGCACUGUUUCCCAAUCUCCAUCGUCCAGGUGUCCAGCACGCCGCAGAAGGAAGAAUAUCUGCUCUGCUUCCACGGUCAGACACCCAUCACACCAUCUAAACUACAGCAAGUUCCUGUUGCAUGA